AUGAACCCCCAAACAUGGAAUCCCAUCGAUCUCGAAGUUCCUGAACUGGGUACGCUCACGGGACUGUGUUUCGAUAACAGAACGUGCCAAUAUACCAACGUGCCCUAUGCUACGAUUGUUGGCCGCUUUCGACGCUCACAACCCUACCAAGGCACCUGGCCCGGAGGAAAAUUGGACGGCACCAAACUUGGACCGUUUCCUUGUCAACCGCCCAGAGACUUCUACCCCAUCCCGAAUCCGCAAAGGCCAUGGGCUGAAAAUCCAAGCACAAGCUCCACCGAUUGCUUGAGCUUGAAUAUUUCAGUGCCUAGUAAACCUACACCGGGUGCUUUGUAUCCGGUCAUGGUAUUCUUCCAUGGCGGUGCUUUUGUGUACUCAGCUGGUGGCGCGGCCAUAUAUGAUGGUCGAGCUCUUUCUGAGAUAUCAGCCACGCUCCAGGAGCCGACGAUUAUCAUUUCGGUCAAUUUUAGACUGGGCGUUUUCGGCUUCUUGGCAAGCAAGGAAAUCCGCGAGUAUAACCUCGACCUCGGCGAACAAGGCGUGGGCAACUACGGCCUGUGGGAUCAGGUCGAGGCCUUGCGAUGGGUUCAGAGGCACAUACACGCUUUUGGUGGCGAUCGCAAGAGGGUAACCCUGUUCGGCCAGAGUGCUGGUGGUGUUUCCGCCAAUGUACACCUUCUUCGAGAUGAGCCUCUCUUCUCGAGUGUCAUCAUCCAGUCCGGGCUGCUCCCGUUAUGUGGAGUUCUGUCGGUCGAGCAAUAUCAAGGCAUUUAUGACAGGCUGCUGCGCGAACUUGACAUACCAGCGGAUCUUUCGCCGCGGGCGCGGUUGCAACGGCUACUCGACACAGAUGAGAAUCGGCUGACAGCGGCCAUGGUUCCUGUCUCGGUUAUUCCGGUCAUCACCUUCAGCCCUUGCGACGAUGAACACCUUAUUGGGCCAAGGAAGAUGCCCGUGUACAGCGAAUAUGUCGAUUUCCGGCCCCCGCCAUGGUGCACGCGAAUCAUGAUUGGUGACGUGGCCAACGAAUGUAUCAUCUGGAAUAAGAGCUUCCGUGCUCUUGAUGCUGAAGCAAGCAUCCGCAGGAUCCGGUCUUUCUUGGGUGACGAUUCCAAAGCCGACAGGCUCAUCUCACUCUACGGCUUAGAUGCUGACGACAGCCAUAACGAUAACUUCUGGAAGAUGGAAAAGUUUACUACGGAUGGCUUAUACACAGCUGUUAACUGGUCGCUUAUCCGCAAUUGUCCCUCUGUUUACGCCUAUCAUUUCGAUGUUCCUUCGCCUUUCGACAACGACUGGGCAGGUUUGGCACACCAUUCCCUCGAUAAUGUAUACGUCUGGUCGCUACUGCGCGACCAUUUGCCAGCCCACCACCGCAAGGUUUCGGCCGAGAUGUCACGCAUGUGGCUCGAUUUCGCAAACGGCAAGGAGCCGUGGGAGCGGUUCGACAAGCAGGGGCGUUUCAUGAUCUUUCAAGAGGACUGUUGUGUGAUGAAGACGGUCAAAGAGGAUGCUGUACGCGGUUACGACGUCUGGGAGAAGGUUGAGGGCGAAGGUUUGCUUGACGACUUUCACCGCGUCACCGAAGAACUCUGCAUGCGCUGGAAGGAGAUCACAGAUGCUUCAAAGGAGCCCAACGCUAUGACGGUGGGUAGCAUGAAAGAUUAUGGUGUCGUGCGGAAGAGGUCAGAGUAG